AUGGACAAGGAGAAUUACGAUGCGCGCGUUCUUGAUAUGAUUGGUUCAGGCCCGUAUGAAGAGUGCAAAUUUAAAAACGGUAAACCAAAAGAUCCCCUCAAUAGUAUGAUUGAGGAAGCGAAUUGUACACGUCAAGAAGUGACCCGCUUGAUGGGAGAAGACAAUCUAAAUCGCAAGUUCCUAGUGCCAAACCCGAGAGUAGCUUCACUGUACUGUUUACCUAAAUUACACAAAAACCCACUAACUAUGCGACCAAUUUCUUCGAAUAUUUGUACACCAACAGAAAAAAUGGCAGCUUGGCUAGUCGAAGAAAUGAAGAAAUACCCGGUUUUACACGGUAAGAGCGUGAAAAAUUCAAUAGAACUCACGAGUCAACUAGAGAAUGUUGAAGUAAAAAGGGGAGAAAUUUUGGUGUCGUUUGAUGUCAGCUCCCUAUUCCCAAGCGUGCCAGUACCAGAUGCUUUACAAAGUCUUCGAUACCAUUUGGAGCGCAGCCGGGCACCGCACAAUCAUAUAGAGGCCUAUGUUUCUGUCGCAAAGCAAUGCAUGAAUCAAAAUUAUUUUGUAUUCAGAGGUAAAUACUACAAGCAAAUCCAUGGCCUCAGCAUGGGUAGUAAAAUAUCGCCCCUCUUGGCGGAAUUGUUUAUGAGCGACUUUGAAGAAAAGCUACAAAGUGAAAAACUUUUCCCACGCGUAUGGAAGCGAUACGUAGACGACAUUUACGCCAUAGUGAAGGAACGCUACGUGCCACAAACACUGAGUUGGCUGAACUCACAGCACGAAAAGAUCAAAUUUACGGUGGAACAGGAAGUAGAGGGAAAACUACCGUUUUUGGACCUGCUGAUUACCAGGAAAAAAGACAAUACCCUGAAGUUCAGCAUUUUUCGAAAACCAACGUCUACCGAUCGUUACAUUACUACGGACUCGAAUCACUUCGGGGCCCAAAAACAAGCAGCUUUCAUUCUAUGGCGCACCGUCUAG